CCGGCAAGGCCACCAGGUUGUCGCUAUAUCUCGACGGGCGCGUACACUUAAGGGCAUAAAAGAGCGCUUCAAAAUUCAGUUGAGUAGCCACUCAAUCAGAGGCCUGCUCCACUGAGUAGUUAGCAGACCGCCUCCUCGUUAGCUUGUUCUCCUCUAAGUCUGAGAUCGCCCUCAGGCUCGAGCUCGUGGGUCUAAGCACGGCGCAACCAGCCAGUAGCACGUGGCCUCAAGCGUUGACUUGCAGAUCCGGCGAACCCAAGUUCCAACGUGCGCAACGAGCUUGCACACGCACAAACACACACAGAAAACACGGAAAACAUAGAUAAAGGCACAACAGGCCCUUCAGAACCGCACACUCAAUCAGUCCGUGGCCUCUCACUGCUCUUGUUUUUCCUUCUAUUCGUGUCCGUCGUUCUCAGGUCGCCACGCUCUAAAUCAUGCCCAAACCCGGGAAAAAGCGCUCCAAGUUAGAUGAGUCCUCGGACUCUGACUCUGGGCCCGAAGACCGCACCCCCGUCAAGUCCCGGAAAUCCGACGCAUCCUCGGGUUCGACGGCUAAAACCGCGCCAGCUAAAGCGGGUGGGGCGGGAGCGGGCCGCAGUGGCGGUGGUGGCAACCCCGCCGUCGAAGGUCAAGAACCUACUUGGGAGCUAGGCAAGAUGAAGAAAGUCAAGGUUCGUGAGUGGCGCAAUCAAGUGUUCAUUGACAUCCGGGAAUGGUACGUGGAUCGCAGCACGAUGGAGGAAAAACCCGGCAAGAAGGGUAUCUCGCUGUCAGCUGAACAGUACCAAAAAUUUAAAACCAUCAUAGAGGAGAUUGAUGCUGCCCUGCCUUAAGUCUCGUUCCUCUCCCUCAUGGCCCAGGCCAAAUGUUCUUGCCACUUAAUUGUCUAGGGUAGGGGGACUUGGUUUUUCCACUUUCCAUCCAACGAGUGGGUAUUUUGAAUGUAAUAGAGCCCGACCACCCACGGCAUCAUUCCCACCUAUUCUGGCUUUGAACCGAGUCAUUAAAACGCUUUUCUUUUAUCUUC